AUGGCAGCACCAACGCCGAUUCAGAAAACAGAAGAGGAAUGGAAGGUUGUUCUCUCCGCUGAACAGUUUCGGAUCCUUCGCCAGAAAGGAACUGAAUUGAAGGGUACCGGAGAAUAUAACAAAUUUUAUGAAAAAGGAGUUUACAACUGUGCUGGCUGUGGAACUCCUCUUUACAAGUCUUCAACCAAGUUUGAUUCUGGUUGUGGCUGGCCUGCUUUCUAUGAGGGUUUUCCUGGGGCCAUAAAUCGAUCUCCUGACCCAGAUGGAAGGAGGACAGAGAUAACUUGUGCAGCCUGUGGUGGGCACUUGGGUCAUGUUUUCAAAGGAGAGGGAUUCAAGACCCCAACUGAUGAACGCCAUUGUGUCAAUAGUAUUUCUGUCAAAUUUGUUCCAGGGGAUGCUACUGCAUCAAUAUGA